ACACGCAGCCAAUCAGAGGUCAGCUGUUUGGAUUUAUGCCAGGGUUUUUAGGCUUGUAAGACUUUAGUAGAAGUGGCAAAAGCCAGUUAAAAAAAAAAAACAGGCGUGACAAAAUGCCCUACACACCGGCUGGCUUCUUCUGUGACCGGUUGAUCCGGGAGAGAGAGAGGAGAGAUGGGGAAGGCUCGCUCAGCAAGCCCCUGCGCUUCAGCGGACAAGACUACAGCACCCUGAAGCAGGAGUGCCUGGAGAAGAAGAGCCUGUUUGAGGAUGAAACCUUCCCAGCCACUGUGGAGUCUCUGGGCUUCAAGGAGCUGGGCCACAAGUCCAACAAGGUCAAGAACAUCGUGUGGAAGAGGCCCAAGGAGAUCUGUGAGAACCCUCAGUUCAUUGUGGGCGGAGCCAGCCGGACAGACAUCUGCCAGGGAGAUCUGGGUGACUGCUGGCUGCUAGCCGCCAUUGCCUGUCUGACUCUGAACGAGAAGCUGCUUUACAGAGUCCUUGAUCAUGAGCAGAGCUACACUGACGCCUACGCUGGCAUCUUCCACUUCCAGUUCUGGCGCUAUGGCGACUGGGUUGACGUCGUCAUUGACGAUCGAAUCCCCACCUUCAACAACCAGCUGGUGUUCACCAAGUCAGCUGAGAGGAACGAGUUCUGGAGCGCUCUUCUGGAGAAGGCCUACGCCAAGCUGCACGGCUCCUACGAGGCCCUGAAGGGAGGCAACACUACCGAGGCCAUGGAGGACUUCACGGGUGGCGUGACGGAGUUCUACGAGAUGAAGGAGGCACCCAAGGAGCUGUACAAGAUCAUGCAGAAGGCCCUGGAGCGAGGCUCCCUCAUGGGCUGCUCCAUAGACUCACUGGUCCCGGCCCGCUUCGAGACCCGCACCACCACCGGCCUGGUGAAGGGCCACGCCUACUCUGUCACCGCUGUGGAGGAGUGUAAACACUCCCAGCAAAAGGAGUCGAAGGUGCGUCUGGUCCGCCUGAGGAACCCCUGGGGCCAGGUGGAGUGGAACGGCCCCUGGAGCGAUAACUCUAAGGAGUGGACCUCUCUGUCUAAGGGAGAGAAGGAUAAGCUGCAUCACCAGAGUGCUGAGGACGGAGAGUUCUGGAUGUCCUUUGAGGACUUCAGGAAGAAUUACACCAAGAUUGAGAUCUGUAACUUGACGCCCGACGCCCUGGAGGAUGAUAAGAUCCACAAAUGGACCGUGUCUGUGAACGAGGGCCGCUGGGUCAGGGGCUGCUCUGCCGGGGGCUGCAGGAACUACCCAGACACGUUCUGGACCAACCCUCAGUACCGCCUGCGUCUGCUGGAGGAGGAUGACGACCCCGAGGACAACGAGGUGGCCUGCACCUUUGUGGUGACGCUGAUGCAGAAGAACCGGCGGAAAGAACGCAAAAUGGGCGCCAACCUCUACACCAUCGGGUUCGCCAUCUACGAGGUGCCCAAGGAGAUGCACGGUAACAAGCAGCACAUGCAGAAGGACUUCUUCCUGGUCAAUGCCUCGAAGGCCCGCUGCAAGGCCUACAUCAACCUGCGGGAGGUGACUCAGCGCUUCCGCCUCAGCCCCGGCGAGUACGUCAUCGUGCCCUCCACCUACGAGCCCCACCAGGAGGGCGAGUUCAUCCUCCGAGUCUUCUCCGAAAAGAGGAACACCUCAGAGGAGAUAGAGAACAGGAUCGAGGCCGACCACCCAGUGCCUGCCCCCGCCUCAGUAGGAGAGGAGAGUGAUGAGGACCAGCAGUUCAGGAACAUCUUUCAGGAGAUAGCUGGAGAUGAAAUGGAAAUCUCAGCCAACGAACUGAAGAACGUCCUCAACAAGGUGGUUUCCCAAUAUAAGGACCUGAACACAGAGGGCUUCAGUCUGGAGAGCUGCAGGAGUAUGAUAGCUCUGAUGGACAUGGACGGGACAGGCAGGCUCAACCUGCAGGAGUUCAGACACCUCUGGAACAAGAUCAAGCAGUGGCAGGGAAUCUUUAAACAUUACAACGCGGACCAGACCGGUAGCAUCAACAGUUACGAGAUGAGGAACGCUGUCAACGAUGCAGGCUUCCGUCUCAACAACCAGCUCUACGACAUCAUCACCAUGCGCUACGCCAACGAAAGCAUGAACAUCGACUUUGACAGCUUCAUCAGCUGUCUGGUGCGUCUGGAGGCCAUGUUCAGGGCGUUCCAGGCCUUCGACCAGGAGGGCGACGGGACGAUCAGUCUGAGCGUCCUGGAGUGGCUCCAGCUGACCAUGUAUGCCUAGACAGGCCCCUCCCCCAUCCUCUCCCAGGUCUCAGGCUUCUUAGAUAUCUCAGCCUCGUCCUUCUUCCAAAGCUCGCAGUCUCACUGGAGUCAUCCGCCUUGUUUUUUUAUUUACCACAACCAUACCACACGUUCCGUAUCAUUUUCUCAGGCAUCAAACACACACAACCUCUCUUUUUCUGUCAUUAUACCUCUCAGCCUCCUUCUAGUCAUCCAUCUUUCACUGUUCAUCUCUCUGAGAAUCUUCUGCUUAACCCCCGCCCUCCCCUCACACCAUCUUUGACCUUUCUCAUACCAAACCGACCCAAAGCCCUCUCCUCAACAUCGCUCCAGUGAGCUUCUCAUGGGUGGACCGGGAGGAGUGUGGGGCAGCCUCCUUCACCUUCUCCCUGCCCAGGGGGCGAGGUGGCGGCCUGGGGGGCCCCAACCCUGCGCUCCGCCGGGGGAAGGAGAGACAGACAGCCCCUGGCGUGAACACCAGAAGACUCCCUCAGCUGGAACACUCAUGGUCACUAUGGAGCCCAAAACGACAUACAUGGCUAUGGGUUGGACAUUUUUAGUUUUUUUUUUGUGGUUUCUAAUUAAAGCUUUGGUCAAAUGAGUGUAUUGCAU